GUGACCCUUGACACAUGUUUCGUCUGUUACAACAUCUUCAUGGGGCCUGGGUAGAAAGAGAAAACAUCGUCUUGUGAUCAUCACGGGACAAUUGAUUAACCAACCGGGAACCGAUGCUGCGGUCCAGGUCGUACGAAGCUGUACCUGAUAGCGAGGGGGUCGGAAGUCCAGGUGGAAAAGUUAGACGGCGUCGGAAUUUCUACAGAUUGUGUUCGUGUAAGUUCUGCCUGCCAGCCAUGGGGACCUCAUUGGUGCUGGUGUUUGUUGUGGUGUUCUCCGUGUACCUGGCCAAUGGUUACCCCAUCCACGCCUCCUGCACCAUCGACUGGGGUUUCAGCCAGAACUGCUCUGCUGUGAAUGCCAGUUUGGUUAAGCAGAUCAACACAUGGACAUCGAGUGACAACUGCAAGAAUGGGGGAGAAAUGUGUCUGUACAAGUUCGUCAGUGCAUCUGGAACUGAGCUGAAGGCGACCCACACCACACCGGUAAAAAACUACGUGGACGACCUGACCUUCACCUUCACCCCUGGCCAGACAGCACAAACCAAGUGCAGGGUCAAGGCCCAUUCUACAUCUGAGACUUGGUACGCCUACCUGGACUACAGCACCAACUAUUGCAACCUGCGUAACCUGGCAGAGGGGGCGGGGCUAACCGACACGCCCAACUUCACGGAGGUGACGGAGGACAGUAUCUGUACACAGUACUCAUCUAGGAACUGUACUAAAUACUGAGCUGUUUGGUAAUGACAAACUGUUUGUAGCAAGUACCACCAAACAAACGCAACAUUUUUUACAUAACAUUGUGAUUGAUAAAUUUUGCUUCACGUAAAUGCUGUAAUACUAAGUCUUAUCUUUGUGGCUUAUACAUUGAUGGAGUUUGCAUAAUGCAUUCCCCUUAAUCCUUGAUGAGAAAUUUGUGGAGUGAAGGACAACACACCUCAGGAUUGCUCCUGAUGGAAAAAAAACUCAGCUGGUCAAAAGUUUAUAUGUGUUAGACAGUACACUGGAAAAUGCUUUAACUUAAAAGGCGUAAUGUGAAAGUCUUUUGAAAGACAAGUCGAUUUUGAAGUGAUUCAAGUAGCACAAACUUACCAUACAUUUCUCAGCAUUGACUAAUGAAGAUUCACACAAAGCCAACAGAAACAAAGUGUAACAAAAUGUACAACCAGUUUUCAGGUGACCUGUUUUCAGUUCAAGGCUAUGUUACUAGCUCGUCUGUUUGGUCAUGUACUGAGACCUGAGAUACAAACUCAGUGUGUGGAUAGCUGUAUGUAUUCCUUUGAAUUAAAGAAGCUGUGCAUAAAA